GAUUUCGUCCGCGAUAUCGCGUGUGAUGGAACUCUGACUUAAGAUUUUCUUGGUCUUGAAUUAACAUGUUUUAUCAACGCAGUCCUUAAGAUGUCUUGUGCUAGUGUAGUAGUAUAUUUUGUUGUUCUCGUUAGCCCGAUAAACUGUGAAAACCUGACUUUCCCUCCAUGGUUCCUGUUUGGUGCGGCGACUUCUGCUUAUCAAAUCGAAGGAGGCUGGAAUGCAAGUGACAAAGGAGAAAGCAUUUGGGAUAAGGUCCUACAUACGCAUCCAGAAAUAGUUGGGGAUGGGAGUAACGGUGACGUGGCGUGUGACUCCUACCACCUGUGGAGACGAGACAUCCAGAUGUGUGAGGAGUUGGGGCUGGAUAAGUACAGGUUCUCGAUAUCCUGGUCUCGUUUGCUCCCGUCAGGAUACCCCAACAUCAUCAGCGAAGACGGCAAGAACUACUACAACAACCUGAUAGACGGACUGCUCGAGAAGGGGAUCGAACCGGUUGUGACCAUGUAUCAUUGGGAUCUACCACAAUACCUCCAAGAUCUAGGAGGCUGGGCAAAUCCUUUAAUAUCAGACUGGUUUGCGGACUACGCCACCGUGUUAUACUCUCUAUAUGCUGACCGGGUGAAGUACUGGAUCACAUUCAACGAGCCGAUAGCGACCUGUGACAAUGGUUACAGCAAACGGUCUGCCCCUUACUUGGACGACCUAAAGAUAGGCGGGUUUUUGUGCAACAAGAAUUUACUAAUCGCCCAUGCCAAAGCAUACAGGAUUUAUGAAGAAAGUUAUAAGUUGAAAUAUAAUGGUAAAAUAUCCCUUGCCAACAUAUUCGUAUGGUUCGAACCGGAGACACCAGAUGACGCUACUGUUACAGAGCUAAUGAUUCAGCUGUAUGAAGGCCGUUUCGCUCACCCCAUCUACUUGGGUGGCUGGCCACCUGAGCUGGAGAAGAUCUUGGCUGAGAACAGUAAAAGGGAAGGCUACAAAUAUCCCAGACUACCGCCGUUUACACCAGAAGAAGUUGAACUUGUAAGAGGAACUUCGGACUAUUACGCAUUAAACCACUACUUCACGCGUCUGAUCCGUAAGGUGAUCCCUGAAGAGGCCGGCUCCUGGCCCUUCUACGGCUCAGAUGAGAUCGGGGCCACUAUGCUGAAUGAUCCAACCUGGGCUCCUACUUUUUUAGACUGGUUUGCAUUGAACCCCAAGGGUCUACGCACACAGCUGCACUGGAUCAACGCCACGUAUAGAGUCAGUGAGAUUAUGAUCACUGAGAACGGACUGCCGUUGUUAACUAAAGAUUUGUAUGAUAUAGCAAGACUGGAAUAUCUAAGGGAUCAUUUGGAACAGGUACCUAUGCUUGAGCAAACUAAUUUCAAAUCGAAGUUCAACAACGGUUUUUGUAACCCAACCAAUUUGUUUUUCUAUUGCCCAUUUGUACCUAUACCUAAGCCUUACCUCUUUUUAUCCUUCUCUGCCAAAUAUUUUUUACGAGAUUUGCCUUACCUUCUGUAUAUUUUCAGGUCAACAUACGGUCUGUACGCUGUGGACUUCGCCGACCCGCAGCGCACUCGCACGCCGCGCGAGUCCGCUCGGUACUACUUCAGCGUGACCAAAGCACGCUCCUUACAACCUCGGAGAAAAGGACUCAAUUACGAAUAAAUUAAA